AUGGCUACUAAUACUCCUACAACCGCCGCAGAGGUGGUGGCGCCGGCCAUAAUUGUCGGUGGUGGGCGCGUGGGUAAGGCUUUACAGGACAUGGGCAAUGGUGAUGAUGUGUUGAUAAAGAGAGGUGAAUCAGUGCCACUCGAUUUUCCUGGGCCGAUCUUGGUUUGUACAAGAAAUGAUGAUUUGGAUGCUGUUCUCGAGUCCACUCCUAAGUCCCGUUGGAGCGAUUUGGUGUUUUUCCAGAAUGGAAUGCUGGAGCCGUGGUUUUACAGUAAUGGCCUUGGUGAUGCAGAUCAAGUUUUAGCUUAUUUUGCAAUAUCAAAGCUCGGUGAACCCCCAAUUGAUGGUAAAACCGACACCAAUCCCGAGGGUUUGACGGCUGCAUACGGGAAGUGGGCAUCAGCAGUUGCUGCAAGAUUACAUGCGGGAGGCCUGUCUUGCAAAGUACUUGAAAAGGGUGAAUUUCAGAAGCAAAUGUUGGAGAAGCUUAUAUGGAUAUGUGCUUUCAUGCUCGUGGGGGCCCGUCAUCCUGGAGCAACUGUAGGUGUCGUUGAGAAGGAAUACCGCUCUGAGGUAUCUUCUCUUAUUACUGAACUGGAAGCUGCAGCAGCUGCAGAGAAAGGUAUAGUUUUUGAUGGAGCAAUGGAGGAUAGGUUAUGUGCUUACUCGAGGGCAGUUGCUCACUUCCCGACUGCAGUUAAAGAGUUCAAGUGGAGAAAUGGGUGGUUCUAUUCACUUUCAGAGAAAGCAAUUGCUCAAGGCAAACCGGAUCCAUGUCCAUUACAUACAGCAUGGCUCAAAGAACUGAAAAUAGUAUAG